CUGUAAAACAGAACUGAUAGUUUCCAGGGCAUUUAGUUGAGGAGAAACCACACUGAUACCCACAAAGUUCAUUUAUUUUCGAACUGAUCACACAAGCUUUCUUGAUGAGCAGCGAGGAAACCACAGCACUCACUCAGUCACAGAGGAGGUGGACGAACAGGAGGUUAAACUGACCAAAGAGUGGCUCUGACAUCACCAAGCAUCAGGAUGGAGGAAGCGUCGCUGCUGCAGCUGCUCUUUCUGAACUCACUGCUUUGCUGCACAACACACCAAGCCCGUUUGACUGCGAAUCCCAGAUGGUCUCAGUUCUUUACGGAGGCAUCUGUGUCUCUGAGCUGUGAGGAGGACGGCAGCUCUGCUGGAUGGACUGUGAGGAGAAAAACAGCUGGAGGAACUGUGUCUCAGUGUGGAAAAGGAUGGGGAAAACUAAUGGCUUCCUCUUGUAGCAACAGUCUGAUGCUCGAAUGGGACUCUGGAGUUUACUGGUGUGAGUCCAGAGAGGGAGCAACCAGUAACAGCAUCAACCUCACUGUCACUGGUGGAUCAGUGAUCCUGCAGAGUCCUGUCCUCCCUGUGAUGGAGGGAGAUGACCUCACUCUGAGCUGUCAAUCAAAGCCUCCCUCCAACCUCCCAGCUGCUUUCUAUAAAGAUGGCUCCCUCAUCAGGACUGAGUCUACAGGUCACAUGACCCUCCACCAUGUUACCAGGUCUGAUGAAGGUCUCUACAGGUGUAGCAUCAGCAGUUAUGGAGAGUCUCCACCCAGCUGGAUCUCUGUCACAGGUAAACCUACAACCACAGCCCUGCCCACUACUAGAGCCCCACCCACAACCAAAGCAGACUGUACCACAACUGUAGCCCAGGGCCCUGAUGUAGCACCUCUCCCUACAGAAGCUCCACCCCCUGCCUCACCCUCCCUCCAUCUUGUGUUCACUCUGCUCCUCCACCUGCUGGUGUUCUGUCCGUACUUCAUCUCCACCCUCCUCAUGGUGUCUUUAUAUCGACAAGGACACAGGAAGUGAUUUUUCCAUCUCGAUGGUGAUGACCCCUCCCACCCUGCUGAGAGGGGAACAGUGAUGAUGGUGAUGAAGCCGCCUCAUAUUAUUUCUGAAAUGGAGCUUACUGGUUCAUGCUGCUGAUGGGAUCUCGUUCCUGGUUCAGUUCUUCAUCUUGUUGCAUGUUCAUAUUUUCCUGCUAUUAAACUGUAUAUCAAGUACAACUAAUCUUCUACUUUAUUGUAUUUUUCUUGAUUAAAGCUGGUUUGUUAUUGGCUUAGUAACGAACUCUGGGUUAAACUUCAGAUG